UUCUAUAAUACUCUUCCUUCAUCUUUCUCUUGCCUCUCACUCUUAUAUUAUAAAUUAAAAACAUACAAAAGACUUGCACUCACAGGUUUAGUAACCUUACGAUUUACAUAAUGUCUAACCGAAAAUCACGGUCAAUAUCACAGACCGGGGCUCCCAUGAUCACUGAAGAACAAAUCAACGAUCUUGUCCUUCAGCUUCAUCGUCUUCUCCCCGAACUUGGUAACAACAGGCGCUCUGGAAAGGUUUCAGCAUCGAGGGUAUUACAAGAGACAUGCAGUUACAUAAGGAAUUUGAGCAAAGAAGUGGAUGAUCUUAGUGAAAGAUUGUCUCAACUUUUGGAAUCAACUGAUUCAGCUCAAGCUGCACUCAUCCGAAGUUUGCUUAUGCAGUAGAAUUAGUGCACUACAUUAAGUUUUUAAAAAAGUUGU